CUGCGGGCUGCCAUGUCGGAGGCUUACUUCCCGGUGGAGUCGGGCGCCCUUGGGCCCGAGGAGAACUUCCUGUCCUUGGACGACCUCCUGAUGUCCCAGGAGAAGCUGCCGGUGCGCGUCGAGACCCCCCUGCCGCGCCUGGGCGCCUUCUUCCUGGAGCGGGGCGCGGGCGCCGAGCCGGACCACGCGCUCCCGCAGGGUACAAAACUUGAGCUCCCCUUGUGGCUGGCUAAAGGACUCUUUGACAACAAGCGGCGCAUCCUUUCAGUGGAACUUCCCAAGAUUUAUCAGGAAGGAUGGAGGACUGUGUUCAGUGCAGAUGCUAAUGUUGUGGACCUCCACAAAAUGGGGCCUCAUUUCUAUGGGUUUGGCUCCCAACUCCUGCAUUUUGACAGUCCAGAGAGUGCAGAUAUAUCCCAGUCUCUGCUGCAGACUUUUAUUGGACGGUUCCGCCGCAUCAUGGACUCCUCCCAGAAUUCUUACAAUGAAGACACUUCAGCAUUGUUAGCCAGGUUAGAUGAGACAGAGAGGGGCUUAUUUCAAAUAGGGCAGAAAGGCCUGAAUGACUUUCAGAGUUGGGAAAAGGGUCAAGCUUCUCAGAUCACAGCUUCCAGCCUUGUUCAGAAUUACAAGAAGAGAAAGUUCACGAAUAUGGAAGACUGAAAUCAGAACAGAACUGCAACAUGUGGAUUUAACUCUGUGUCCUUGAUAAGACCUAGUUAACUUCACAGGAGACCUAGUGUGUGCUGCUUCCGGGCUUUAGCCUUCAGCAGCCUCAAAGCUUGGACUAUCUGGGGGCAGUUGUGGAUGCCCUUGACCCUGUUGGUCUUUCUGGACUGUAGCACUGGCCAUUCUCACAGCAUAGGUCUUUUGGCCCAGGAAUGCAGCUGAAGAGAGGCCAGAGUGCAUCUGAAAUAAGAGUCACAGACACAUAUAUUCAAGUUGGAGCUGGGAUUCCUCAGGUGUCUGGUCUGUUGGCUGCAAAGUGGGUCAUCUCUGCCCGUUCACAACUUUCUCUUAAGCUUAUAUGCCUUGUCUUCCUCAUGGUUGGACAAAGGACAGCAACCUCACCAUGCUGCCUGCCUGCUGAGACUUACCCCAAUUUCUAAAACAGGAAAUUGAAAGAAAAAGAGAAAGUCAGAUGAAAGGAGAUGACCUGGAGCUUUUGUGCCCUGUAAUCACAUUCCUUCAUUCUACCCAGAGGGGCCAUGUACUUGUGUUUAUCAGUGGUCUUUAGAGCAUGGGCACACUCCAUCUAGAAAAGCUGUCAGGGACGUGUUGGGAAUUGCAAAGUAGCUAGCUAUUAAAGGGUGUUUAUCAGGUUGUAAAGAGCCCUAGCUUUAAAACAAACAAACAAACAAAAAACAGCCUGGCAAGUGUUAGUAGAAAAGAUGUCUUUACAUUUGCCCAGGAAAUACUGCAACAUUAAUGCAAAUAGGACCCCUGACCACCUACUGGGAAUCUGUUUAAACUUGCACCAAACUGAGAGGGACAGGUUUUCCAGACCCUAAGCUGAGUAAAAAACCUGAUUUCCUAGGGCCUUUUGGAUCGUGGACAAUCUCUCCACACCACUGGUCACCCUUGGCAUCUUAAGAGUUACUGGAAAAUAACUUCAUUGUAAUUAUGGAGAGAUUUAGGUGUCCAGGUGACAGAUAUUGUAAUAAAAACUGAAAAUAACAGACAUGCAUUUAAAUGCAUAUCUUAGCAUGAAAUUGUUUUUUAUCAGUUGACUUUCAUUCUAAAUAAAU